UUAUCAGCUGAUCCUGCUGGCUGUUGUUGAUGCCUGAAGUUGCCGUUGUUUGGACACUGUGUUGCUCUUAUCUGCUCCUGACAUAGAAGAUACAUUAAACCCGAAAAAGGGACACGGUGGGCAUUUACCGGCUGACGAGUUUAUGACUAACACAGGAAGCGUGUCAUCGCGAGGACUUUGAAUUUGCGCACUAGCGACAGAAGAGCUAGCUCCAAAAGCUUGAACCUUCGGUGGAAGGAAGAAAGAAAAAAAGGCAAAGGCAGCCGACGGCUUGGCGUGCUUUCUUUGUUUAUGUCGUGCCAGUCUGAACCGCAGUAUUAAUUUUCUGUGUCUCGAAAUUAGAUUUCUUGUUCUGCAUACACGUAAUUUAUAUUUAUUCUUAAUUGCCAGUACGUGAAAAGGGCAAAUAGCUCGUCAGCUAACGUUAGCCCAUAGCGCAAAGAAAUAGUCUUGUUGUCAAGGCUUGCUUUCGUAACCGCCCGACAGUGACAGAUAACGACAGCUAACAGUAGGAACAGUCGGGUUUGGAGCAAUUAUUUCCGUACCUCUAUUUUGUAGCUGUUCGUCACUGGAUCAUAUGCUCUGUUGGUCCGUUGGAUACACAGGACACAACACUGUAGCCGAACAAGCACUUAUUAUAUUGAAGCCUGUUGGCCAAGUUUGAUCUAUCUGCUUGUUUUGUUCUUGACUUUAAAUUAAGUGAAUUCAAGUUGGGAGUUUUUUUCAGUAUCGAUUUUUAAACCACACAAUCGAGCAGGAGGUUAACUGACAGCUGGCCUUGUGCGUUUUAGGUUUGCUGACAGGUUGCGUAAUUUGUUUGUGUGCAAGCUGUCAGCCUCUGCUCGGUAACUUGUUAGAUUGUAAUUUAAAACAUAUGUAUUUCUUUAAGCCUUAGGUGUUCAGCCAUAGGUGGCUUUGUGGAUAUCAUUUUAAAUAUUGAACUAUUUUUUGUCAUUCUUCGUUGGUACAAUUUUAAUGUCAAGAACAUAUGACAUGUGAUAAAGAGUUCACUUUUUACUGUACCUUAUAGACCGAGUAGCUGCUUGAUGCUCACACUCAUGAAUUUUGUGGUUUUAGAAAAAGAAGUGGAGUUAUGAAUUAAAGUAGCUAUCUGAAACUAUUGAGACAGAGUACUGUAAUCAGGUAGAGACAAGCAGAGAGAAAGGGUCCCUCAGAGGGUCCCACUGUGUCUUGAGGUGAGGUGAGCUGCCCCCCAACUACUUGCCAAUGCUGGAUCUGGAGGUGGUGCCUGAGAGAUCACUAGGAAAUGAGCAAUGGGAAUUCGCCUUAGGGAUGCCAUUGGCCCAGGCCAUCUCUAUUCUACAAAAACACUGCCGCAUCAUCAAAAAUGUCCAGGUGCUAUACAGUGAACAGACGCCACUCAGCCAUGACCUCAUACUGAACUUGACUCAGGAUGGGAUUAAACUGCUGUUUGAUGCCACAAAUCAGAGACUCAAGGUGAUCGAAGUGUACGACCUGAGCAAAGUCAAGUUGAAAUACUGUGGAGUUCAUUUCAACUCUCAGGCCAUUGCCCCCACAAUAGAGCAAAUAGACCAGUCAUUUGGAGCUACGCACCCUGGAGUUUACAAUGCUGCAGAGCAGUUGUUCCAUCUCAACUUUCGAGGACUUUCUUUCUCCUUCCAACUGGACUCUUGGAACGAAGCUCCAAAAUACGAGCCUAACUUUGCCCUGGGUUUGGCCUCCCUGCAGAUUCCACACGGGGCCAUGGUCAAGAGGAUGCACAUCUACACUGGCAACAACCUGCAGGAAACAAGAGCUCCAGCAAUGCCAUUGGCUUGUUUCCUUGGCAACAUCUAUGCAGAGUGUGUGGAUGUCCUGAGAGAUCGGGCAGGGCCUCUGGGGCUCAAACUCCGCCUUCUCACUGCAGGUUGUGGUCCUGGUGGGAUGACUGAUGCUAAAGUGAGGUCCCUAGAAAGGAGCAUCUACUUUGGGGAUUCCUGUCAGGAUGUACUGGGUGCUCUGGGCUCACCACAUAAAGUCUUCUACAAGUCUGAGGACAAGAUGAAGAUCCACUCUCCAUCACCUCACAAGCAGGUUCCUUCUAAAUGUAAUGACUACUUCUUCAAUUACUUCACCCUCGGAGUGGAUAUCCUGUUUGACUCGACAUCUCACCUGGUUAAGAAGUUUGUCCUCCAUACCAACUACCCUGGACAUUAUAACUUCAAUAUAUAUCAUCGAUGUGACUUUAAGAUUCCACUAGUCAUCAAAAAAGAAGGAACUGAUUCUCAGACAGAGGACUGCAUCUUAACCACCUAUAGUAAGUGGGAUCAGAUUCAGGAACUUCUGGGUCACCCGAUGGAGAAACCUGUAGUGCUCCACAGGUCCUCGUCAGCCAAUAACACCAACCCAUUCGGCUCUACUUUCUGUUUUGGACUGCAGAGGAUGAUCUUUGAGGUGAUGCAGAAUAACCACAUAGCAUCAGUGACCCUCUACGGUGCUCCACGGACCACCAGUCAAGCCCGACCUGAGUCCAGUAGUAGUUCCCACUGAACAAGUAACCAGAACCACAUCCCAUUCUGGCUUGUCCUGAAUCUAGUACCUCUACUGACUGAACUUCUAACCCAGAGCCAGAUUCUUAACCAAGCAGACCUAACCCAGAACAACAACGUUAUUCUUGCCCAGUUCAGAUGCUAAACAUUGAGCAGAAAUACAACAAGAACCCAAGAUAACUCAGAAGCAACCAAAUCACACCUCACCUCACAUUAAUCAGCUUUUCCUUGUGGGUAUUCAAAUUUAUUCUUCCAAUCAGACACACCCAGCGACAAAGUCAACCCGACUCUGAAUAUCCCAGGACACCCACAAUGGUCGCAGUGCUGGAGCAUUGAUGCUUUGAAAUGAAACCAGUGAAAUUAUUUUCUCUGUUGUGUGGGAAUAUAACCGCGGUGCUGCAAACUGACAUAGUGAAGAAAUUUGCAUUCUGGUAGAGCUCAGCUGUUUCCUAUCUCCAUCCUGUGACUGCAUCCGCCGAGGACCACUGAAGAAGAAUUUCUCCUGACUGUAGUUCGGACGUCGUGUUUCCACCAGUAUGAUGCACUGGCAGCCUAAAUGUGACAAUAACCUCCAUAAACAUUGUGGUGGUCAGACAACUACCAUUUGAAUUCAUCUACUGCAAAUCUCUAAAUGUUAAACAUCAAAGAUGGAGUUGUGAAGUUAGCAUGGCUGCUGCUGAGAACUGCUGUGGCCCAGGUCUCGAAACAAGCUCUGGCUUGACCCACUGAUUAUACAUCAACCAACCACACUGCCAGUCCAACCAGUACCGCCUGUCUUCCUGCCACAUCUUCAGUACGAGACCCGACCGGCUCAGUCAAAACCUAAACUCACCCACACCGCAAGAACCAAAUCAGCCCAGGCCAACCAAGAGACAUCAGAGCCAAACACACUGAGAGCCGCAGAGGACUGUAACCAAAAAAAGAAAUGCAAGAAUCCAGAUUUUGUUGUUCAAGAGAAGAACCAAACACACUCAGGGUGUGGGAGAGAGACGUGGCCCAGAAGGUAACCUGCUCCGUGGCCGGGCCAGUCAAACAAGAUGUGAAUCCUCUUUAAGCAGAAUGAUCCAAACAUCUAACAUCACCUCCCCGAUUAUUGCCUCCCUCUUCAUCUUCCUACCCGUCCUUCAACUUCGUUCAGUGGUGCCCUCACACACAGACUCUCACGCACACACACAGACUCUUUCACUCACUCACACACACACACACAUACAUAUAACAGCAGUGAGCACUCUAUUAACCCAAAGCUGUUACUUGCAGCGCCAGACAUUAGCGUCACACACACUCACAUAAAUGAAUAUCUGCAUGUUAGGUUGCUGAUUUUUAAAUUUUACAUUUUAAGACUUGACACACACACACACCCAGCAUUUCAAACCCUUCACUACCGUGUCACAUGUAUUUCUAGUUACAAGAAAGCAAGCUGGCUCAUCUUUUUUAGCCUUUUAAGCGCUACACAAAUAUGGAAACACGCAGGCAUGACACAAGAAUUUGCAUGAACUUGGUAGACGUUUUCGAAUGGGAGGAGACUAAUCACAAGCACAAACUGGCAACCUGUUGCGUUUAUUCGAUCCUGCAUGUUGUGAGCAUAGACUUGGCACAGUUUCUUUAUUUCUCUCUGCCCUCUUUCACUCAUUAGCAGCAUGACCAUUUUCAUUGUGCUCUGUGUUUUUUAAAAUCCAUUUUUACAUUUGCACUAAUACACACCUUUUUACUUGACUGGUUGAUUCCCUAUGCUCAGAGAUGGAUUUGUGGAGGUAUUUGGAGAGAGUGGUGUGUGUGAAUGUGUAAAUGUGUGAAUGUAUGUGUGUUUUUAUCCAUAAGUUUGGACAGAGGAGAGGUCCUCCCAUGGUGUUUGCAGUCAGGUCCUCUGUGUUACACUCUUCUCUCUUUUCUCUGUACUUUCUUCAUCUUUACAUGUGACUGAUGCAUUGCAAUUCAUCCCUCAGCAAUGUCUGCAUUUAUUUCUUUGUUGAAUUGCCAAAUGCUAUAGCCAAAGACCUUUCAGGAUGAUUAAUGUUUGAUCUGCAGACGUUAUCACUGUAAUAUUUUGUCCAAACCUUUCCUGUGGAGAGAGCCGUGUGUUGGCCGUUCUCCUUUCUUUUGCAUCGAAGUCACUGCUGUGGUAAAGCCUCUAAAUUCAGCUCCUGGUUUCUCUAACUGCUGACGGUAAUUACACAAGACAGGAAUAGCUGACUUGUGUCUUUUGAAACCAAUCAGCCUGUCUUUCAUCUCAGUUUAGUUACAGCUAGAGACACAUUAACAGUAGUAACAACUAGUGUCAUCCCUAUCACUUGUACAGUGGUAAUUGUUGUCAUUCCUUCAUCAUAAUAUUUGGCUGCAGUUUGCGUCUCCCUCUAAUGUGUAAAUUUAAGUUCUUUUUUUAUUUACAAGCAACUGAAUAAACUGUGUAUUAAUUUUAAUACACAUAUUCUCUUUUAUUGUCCCUUGAUAUAAAUGCCAUUUGCUCUUAUCUUUUCACAGUUGCUGAAUGUCUGAUUGUUUGUGUCUACAUGUGUGAAAGCAUCAGGGUUGAAGUCAGGGCCCGUAUACAUGACGUCAUGUAGAAAGUGCUGACCAGAGAUAAAUUAGUUUUUGUUGAGAAUUAAAGGCAGUUGGCUGCUUGUAGAAAACUAAACUUUUUUUUUUAAACGGGUAAUAUCUUUUGAGGUAGCAUCAUUUAAAGCAGUUUCAAGUGAGUUUUGACAUUGAAACUUGCUACAGUGUGUUAUUUUACUUUGUACAUUUUCUUCAACAAACCCCACUGAGUUAAUUGAUUAAUUGAGUAAUUAUACCCCUCACUAAAAACAGAAGGCGUCACGAUGUGAGUCAGCUGUGCUUUAAACCAGAUUUUCAAUUAACGAAAAAAGAAUAGUAGAGGGACUUUUUUCAUUAUAACAUCAGAAGAACAAAAUUUUUAGAUCGCCAUUGAUUAGCAAUUCUAAUGAAACUUUUUUUUAAGAAUUACUAAUAGUCUUUAUUUACAGUACCUUGUUUCUUGGCACAGCACGGCUCUGACAUGUAGGAUUGUUAAACAAGACCAAGUCAAAGAGCAGUUGAAGAAAUGGCCCUAAUGCGUUCGGAGUUGAUGUACAAAUGCUGUAAAUAGUUGUGUGAUCUUAUUCUGGCGUCUUCUUAUUUAGAUGAUCUCAAUGGCUUGGUACAGACAUAACUGACUAAGAUCCUGGCUGGGUAUCUUAACAUUUCCUCCUUGAUUAUGAUUACAUUUAAAUCUCAGGAGGAGGCAUCUACUCACAACUGACUCAUUAACAAUCACUGGAAAGUUUUUGUUGUUGUUUUUUUAUUCCAGACCACUCAGUAUUGAAACUUUUUUUCAUGUGUAAUGCUAAAGCUGCAGGUGCACAGAUGUGUUUAGUGUCAAUAGAUCACCCUGCUUUUCAGCUCUGCUUGAACUGAUCCAUAGAAAGUACAAAGCUCCAUUUGCACAGGCAGAGAAAACAAUAAUCCUUCUUCACAUUUGGAUCGGGAGCGAGCUCUGAUAGAGAUGUUUUUAUAGAGUGGACAGAAUCAGAUUUGAAGUCUAGCUUUGGCAUGUUGCUAGAUUUUACAUCCAUUUGUUUACACUAAAAAAAACAUCUUUUUGGCUGCAGCUUUCAUGCAGCCAAACUCCCUCCCAAGUGAGGUGAUGUGGUUUCUGGUGCCAGGAGAGACAGAUGUUUCACUCCUUGCUUUGGUGAAACAGGGACGUCCGCGUUAAGUAGGGAAACGGAUGUAAUAUAACUCAUGAAAGCUAUAUUCAAACAUUUUACUACCACUUGCUUUUGUGCAAGCAGAUAUAAGAAAUCAAGAAGAAAAAAAAAAAAAACAACACAAAACUGUUGAACAUUGUGCCUCAUCUCCCACCGAGCCUGUCUUUGACUUUUGUCUCUAUCUCCUCUAUUGGAAACUCCUUGUAUAUACAAUUUGAGAAUGCAUAUGAACUGCAUCAUUGUACAGUAUGUAUGUUUGUGUCACUGAGCAUUAUCAACAAGCUAACAUGGUAUUAUUGCCGUCUCAGUCAUUUUAGUUUUCCUGUUACCUGCAGAAAACGGCAGGUUGGGUUGGGUUUCCUAAAAUGAGGAUGGGUUUUUCAGGGUUUUUUUUUUUUUUUUUUCACCAUCUCAAUGUUUUGUAUUUGAUCUGUUUCUCUGUUUUAUGUGGUGUGUGUGUGUUUAUAACUACAUUAAAUGCCCAUAACAAUGUGCAAAUGCUCCCAACCCUUAAAAGCUCAACAGAGUUAUUGUGGAAAAUUAUUUUAGCAAUGCAAUUCUGCCAAAAAAAAAAAAGAAAAAAAGAAAAACAACCUAGCUGUCCAAAAACUCAAAUGCGUGUUGACAGGGGAUUUUUAAUUAAAACCUGAGGGAACACCAUUCUUUGGCUGCCUCCACCCUCUGCUGAAUUUGAAUAAAUUGGUAAUUUCCCAAAAGAUCUCAGGGCUAACUCAAGCUUUGCUCCAUUGGAAGCAGAUGGGUAAAAAACAGAAACAGUAGAGGCAGCAGUGAAUGAAGCCAAUCAAGAGGCUUCUUCGGAGCAAUGUACAUAAAAGUCCAGCUAUCAAAGUAAACUGAGCCCAGCACAACACACACAUUAGAUGCUGACAGAGGAAGACAAAUGAUUCUAUGCAUGAACCCCGCUUUGGUAAGCCCAGCUCAGCGCCACAGACGGUCAUUGCUGUGAUGAUGCAUUGUUAAUGAGAGAGACGGAGAGAGGAGCUAUAGGGUGUCAGGUAGUUUAUCUCACCCAAACUCAGGUGGACAUAUCACAUCCUUGUUUUUCCUGACAUUUAUAAGAUAGAAAAACAAGUGAUUAAUCCAGAGGUCUGUGUGGCUCUUCAAUUAAAUCUGUUUUAAAAAAAAAAAAUUACUGAGUGGAGGAAAUGAGUGAUUGUGAUAAUCAGAUUGUUGUGAUUUAUAAUGGACAGCUUCAGUUCGGUGUAAUGUUAAAUGUUAAUCUCAUAUUGACGCUUUGCAUUGUCAUAUGUCCUGUUGCCCAUUUCCCUUACCCCUCCGAUUUUUUUUUUUUUUUCUGUGGACAUUUUAAGCCCAUUUCUGGAAAUGAGGCGGUUCUCCUUAAUUCAAACUUGUAAAAUUUAUUGGAAUGUGGCAUUUUAUAUUUUGAAUACUAUAACUUUGUGUAUUAAAAAAAAUACGUAGAUUUAUUCAGCAUGUCCACUGAAAAAAAAGGCAAUAACAAUACCACGUAGUGCAGGAAGAAGGAUUAGUUUGACUGAAAGCUUUGCUCCAGCAGAAUACUUAUUGGCAGUGUUUGAUGAUGGUUGUUGAGAUGAGCUACUGCUGUGCAUUCUCCAACAACUCCAAUGCAACAUUUGGACUUUUAUGAAAUCAAAUGCUCACUGUUCAUUGACAUCAAAGUUCAUUUUCUGUGUGCAACCAGGAUAUGAAAAAGUAAUAAAAAUGUGGAUGUGAAAUAAGA